UCGCACAGAGAGAGACACACUAGGACUAAACUCUGAUAAUCUCAUAGCUAUGUUCAUUCCAGUUUUUGUGUGAUGGCUCUGAGAGGAGUAUGGCAACUUCAGAAGUUUAUUGUUAGCUAUUGCAAUUGUAGAAGCAGUAAAGGUAUAAGGGCUUCUAUGGAGUCAGAAUUGCCUGUAUUUAAGGAGAAGAAUCCUCAAUUAGAGGUUAUUACUGAACUCAUUCAUGGUCAGCAUCCACAUUUGAAGGCAUUUUAUAAGAACAAAAACGAGCGAGUUAUAUGCGUGAAGAACAUGGAUCCAGAAGAUGUACUUCACCAUGCAAUGAGGCUAAGUCUUCAAUUUUAA